CCCAGAGUCAGGAUUAUCAGUGAUCGGAAGAAGCUUAUCCAAGCAUUGCAUAAGUUAAGCUUCUGAUUUUUGAUCGGAGAGUAUCAGUAAGACGUGAAAAGCAAGCGUGUAGAUUAUUUUGCAAUACUAAAGACUCAGAAGUGAUUCCUGUGAAAAUGAUGAAACUGGUGGCUAUUUUUGCAGUGUUGUUUGGGAUCAGUACGGCGUACUCGGUUCCAACCCAAAAUGGCUUCAUGUAUUAUCAACAACCAAUGGCUUACAGAACUGCCGAGCGCACCAUGUAUGGGGUUCACUACCAGAAUCAGCAAUUCAGAAAUCAGCGAGUUGCUGCUUUCCCUCGUGGAGCACAACUGAACGGCGACGAAAGUGCUGAUUUGCCUGAUCAAGGAUCAAUUGCAGAGUCAGUCGCUGAAGCGUAUCCUUCAGAGCAAUUUCCGGUGGAUCAAGAGCUCCAGCAAGAUGUUCCAGCUGUGUACGAAGUCGAAGCCGAAGAGCCAAUCGCUGAUGAUCCCUUAGCCGCUGCUCCAGCAGUUCCAGCCGUUGUUUCAGCUCCCAUCCCAGAAAGGAAGAAAAAGAGGGUUCCCGUCCAGGUCGACUCGAAUGAAGAGGAAGAGCAGGAUGCUCAAGUUGGACGGCGUGCAUCAGGAGACGCUGGUGCCUCGAAUGCUUACUUCCCAAUUAACUUUGGAGGUGCAAGCGGUGGAGCAAUUGCCAUUGCCAAUUCAUACAGUACUGGAACUGGAGGAUCGGCAACCAGUACUGCUACUGCGUAUGGAAGUCCAGCUACCGCUGAACUGCGGAGAACUUCCGCUGACCAACUGAGAAAAAGACCAGCUAAGCUCCGGGGACGACAAUAAAUUGAAAUAGUGAUAUUUAUGUAAGCACUGAACUAACACCUUUAGCUGAUUAUAACGUAAAAUUUAGUUUUAACUAGAACACAACUCCAAUCCAAACUAACAAUAAUGAUUGAGACACUCUUCCUUUGUGUUAAGGAAAUCAUGUACAUAGCCCUUCAAUGUAAAAACCAAGCCGAAUACUCAAAUAAAUGUGAUUAAAUAUACAAAGUCCACAAUAUUUUAUUAUGUUAUUUUCAGAUUAUCUGUUGUUUGUCGUAAUCAAAAAAUAGUGGAAGGGAUGGGAACACUCACUUGCGAAGCGUUAGACUUACUUGCUGUUUUCUCAGCUCAGAAGCGUGCUAUCAAGGAACGGUAUGUGGAAGACCUUUACAUUGUGGUUAGGUCUAAAAUUUUGCCGAAUAAAGAAGGAACCGCACACGAAUUUGUUUUUUUUUAUUCUUAAUCACUUAACCUUAUUACAGCUCUAUUGUCCACUACGUGAGCGAUUUCAGCGCCUAGAUUCUAUUUUUUCUAUUCUACUUUAUCGAACUGGUUGCUUUUCUGCUGCUUUCACUUUUCUUCUCUACACAUGGUAGAAAGAUGAGCACAAGGUUGAUGAAUGGCCGUUGUUCCUUUCCAGUCCGAUUGGGGGUCCAUUAUGAGUAGCGGUUCGCCGAUGUCCAGGUCCGUUUGAGCCACGGGGCUCAGAAGAGGGUCAGUGCCAGCCGCUCUCGUGGGAAGAGCAACUGACGAAAAAUUGCAAGUGCCGGGGCUGGGAAUCAAACCCAUGACCAUCCGCAUAUGAAGCGAACGUGUGACCAAUCACGCCACGGGCCCCGGCUCACGAAUUUGUUGGCUGGGAAAACAUAUUCGGAUAGAUUCAGCAAAAUAUGUUCCACCUUAGUAUGACAUUGGCGUUUUGAAACG